ACCGAAACGUGGCGUUAGUUUCCGAAAUGGAACUUUGCUUUCUCCGCAUCUAACAUUCAUCAAAGCACUGUAUGCUAUCAUGAGGACGAAUCGUAGAAUAACUUUAUUCAAUGGGACGAAUGGAUUUUUAACAAUCGUCCUAUUCAUACAAAUUACAAGAGUAACAGGAUGAUUGAAACGUGUCAUGUAUUGAACUAUCCAUGCAUAUUAUUGUAAAGUCCUAAAAAAACAGAUCACCUGAUUCGAGGGUCAAGGGCCAAGCUGGAGUCUAGAGUGACUCUGACCUCUGACUCCAAACUCCACAAUACUGUGGAUGUUACUUUGGAAACGCUUUGUUUAAAAAUGGCGCACAUUUACGAUUUGUUCUCGCGAGAGAAAAUCUCGCGGAGCACGCAACACACAAUUAUCUUGCGAGAAUGGACGAGGAAAUGGCGAAAAAUGCGUCGCUCGACAAAACAGCGCGGAAACUUACCGAUGAUAUGCAGAAUAUGUCGAAUUAUAAAGCCCUUUAUAACGAGAUACAGAGAAUCGUCGCCUUGCCCAUCGUAGACAAAGAUGAUUUCAAGAACUCAUUAGUCACAGCGCUGAAAAAUAACGGCUUGGAGACGGAAAUCAGAAACACCGUGUUUCACUGGGCACGAUCGCGGGGUUCACUGCAUUCUCGAUCAGUUUCACAUAUACAAGUGGCUGAUCUGAGUUACUUAAAAAAAACUCAAAUUCAAUGGGAACGACGUAUUCAAAAAUCAUUGAACUCGACUUGCAAUGAAUUAAAUAUUCCGCUGGCUCGUAUAAGACUUACUGCCGAUAGAGACGAAUUGGCGGAGAAAUGGAAUGAAUUGAGUACUUACGACAUCGAUUUAUCACAAUAUCGGCCAUUGUAUGCGCCAAAGGAUUUUUUGGACGUACUGUUCUCAAUACGCGAUCCUUCUUUUAAAAAGCAACCAGAUGAACUAAAUUGGGAUUUCAGUCACAUACAAAUUAGUGUAAAAACACUUGCGCAAUUGAGACGUAUGUAUUCAGGAUUAGCACAGGGAAUGCCAUUACUUGGUGUAAAUCCCGAUAUGCCAGCCACAGAAAAUUUUCAAAAUUUAGAAGCCGAACGAACGCAUAUUGGGGAAAAAGUAUUGAAUUCGAAUCAUGCUCCAAUUGCUCAAGAAUUUCUUAAAAGGGGGUCUCCACGAGCAUUGCGCGGUCGUCUCUGGUCGCUCGUUCUCGGAUCUGUUAUAAAAGAUAAUGACAUAGAAUAUUACGAAGAGUUGAAAAACAUGGUUUUGCAAUAUGAUAUUGUCGUAGACAAGUUGAUAAUAAUGGAUGUACAAUUAACAGCAAGAAAUGACGAUCAAUAUUUUGUAUUUGAAGAUGUCUUGUAUAAGACAAUGUUAUGCUUCUCAAGAGAUUCCGAAAUACUUGCACCAGUCACAACUGACAGAAGCGCUGGUGGUCAGGUGAUCCAUGCAGUUUUGCAAGGAAAACCAGCAACAUUAGAAAAUACUUUAGUCUUUCCACCAAGUGGUGUUAUCCCAUUUCAUGGGUUCACAAUGUAUGCUACACCAUUUUGUUAUUUAUAUGACAAUCCCUGUACCAUGUAUUAUACCUUUCGUGCAUUCUAUCUGAGAUAUUGGUUUCGUUUACACACUGUGUCAAGUCAUGAACAAGGUAUAGUUGCUCUCUGUUUACUCUUUGAACGAUUACUGCAAUGCCAUGAACCACAGUUGUGGAUCCAUUUCAAAAACUUACACAUUCAACCUAUAAGAAUAGUUUUCAAAUGGCUUAUGAGAGGUUUCAGCGGUCAUUUACCACCUGAACAACUAUUAUAUCUUUGGGAUUUAAUUCUGGGUUAUGAUUCUUUGGAAAUUAUACCCCUAUUAGCAAUGACGAUAUUAAGUUUUCGAAAAGAAAAUUUACUGCAAGUUAAUACCCAACAAAAUGUGGAGGCUGUGUUAGCAGACUUAUCCUCGCUAAAAGUGAUGCCUCUACUGCAGCUAGCUCUUCUUAAAGAAUAAUACCAUUUUCAUUAUGCAUAAAAAAUCACAUUGUUACAGAAUCUGUAAAUUCUUACAUGAUAUUUCUCUUUUAUCCCACGUAUAUAUCUUACAUUCAGUGAUUUUAUUCAUGAAAUAUCGAUAUCGGAAUAUAAAUGUAUAAACAUUACAUUACAUGUGGAAUAAAUAGUAGACA